AUGGAGCUAAUUCGGAAGAAGAUGAAGCCGUACCAACCGUCGGAGCAGCUGGUAGUACGCGACAGCGUCAGCCUCAGCAUGGACGAAGAUCUGAGCGACGACGUGGAGGACGAGGUGUUCAUACGGGACGGGCGCACCUGCCGAACGUACGAGGACCGGGGUGCCCAGCGGCCACUGAUGGCCCCGAGGCGCAAGCACGGUAAAGCAACAAGUGGCAACGGUGGCUGCGGUAGUGGCGGCGAUGGUAGCGACGGAAAUGGCGUUGGAAGCGUCCUUGGCCUCGGCGGGCGCUCUUCCAGUCCCAUUCACAAGAAGUACCGUCGCCGGAAGUGCUGGAGUUGCUGCGAACCUUUCUGCUACGGGCUUGCGGCUGUCACUGUCCUUAUUGGAUUGAUCGUGCUGGCUGCGUUGCUGUUGACCGCUUUCCCACAGCCGUUGCAGAAAAUCAAGAUAUGGUUUCACAAGGAGUCAACCUUCGGCAGCGCCAUCAUGCGGGACAAAUUCAGCAACCUGAUGUACACGGCCGACGGUAGCGCGGUCUACGGCGUGGGCAAUGGGUCGCUGGAGGUGGUGCCCUGCACACGGAUAACCGUGCAGAACGUGUGGACACGUGUCAUUGCCAGGGUGAACAGCGAGAGCCCCGUCCGCAAGCUGGACGUGAACGGCGACGGCACAGAGGACGUCCUCGUCGGGUACGGUAUCGACGAGUUGAUCGAUGACGGCGUCCGGAGUUACAUUCCGCAGUGUACAUCUCGCAAAACGGGCAUCACCGAUCUUUGCGGUGGUGGACUGAUGGCGCUGGACGGACGGACCGGGUCGACUCUCUGGCAACGUUGGACCUCGUUCACGAUCUUCUCACUGCAGUGCUCCGGAAUUGACAUCAACUCGGACGGAUCCGCCGAUUGUGUGGCGGCCGGUCGCGGCGGUCUCAUACUGGCCAUCGACGGCCGCAAUGGACACAUUCUGUGGGAGCUGAAAGACUACUCCGAUCUCGAAAGCUACGCCGAAAUCAGUAUCGAUCUGUACACAAUCAACGUGAUUCGUGACGCGAAUGGGGACGGCAUCGCCGACAUUGUAGCGGUACACGUGGAGGAAACGCAACGAGCGCACGGUGGUCACAUCAAGCUGAUCUCCGGAGCGACCGGUGCGAUCGUGCGUAGCAUCCCGACACCGUUCCGCGAGGAGAUGUUUGUGCCGAUUCAAGUCCUGCGGAAACCGGAUGCCACGGAUGCAUUGCUAGUGGUAACUGGCGGUCAAAACUCGCCCGGUGGCGUGUACGUGCUGCAGCUGACCAACCUUAUGAAGUACCCGGGCGAGAGUGCUUUCGAGCCUAUCGUCAGACUCGAAUCGUCCGGGUUCAUGGUGCCGGCGGUGCUGACCGAUCUAAAUGGAGACUCGAUGGAGGACAUUGUGGUCAGUUCGUUCAAUUCGACCGUGUUCGCGUUCGAUGGCGCGAAUCGGACGCUGCUUUGGUCGUACACGAUCCCCGACUCGGAGAGCGUGAGCUCGAUCGUGCCCGGACACUUUGACCACGACAAUGUGACAGACUUUAUGGUCAAGUAUAAUACGGGGCCUGGAUUCCCGAUCUACUACUACUCACAGACGGCGCUGAUCAACGGCACGAACGGGAAACCGUUCCUGGACGCACCCAUCAAAGACGCUGGAGGAUCGAACGGGUUGCUCGGGGGUUUGGCACUGUCUCAGACUGGUGGCGGGGACUUCUUCCUUCACUGGCAGAUGCAAUGCCGCAAUCACACCGCCGACACCACGGACGAGUACCAAUUCAUUCCCGAGAGUGACGUUAUCCAGCAAUCGCGUGCCGACACCUGCGUCUUGCGCUACAACCAAUCGUCGAUCCUGAAGCUGUACGCGAUCACGCGUCACGUGGAGCCCCCGGGAGCGGUGAUUUUCUCGUCGGACGACCUGAACAUUCGAUUGAACGAAACCGGAUCAUCCGCGGAUCCGCCGGGCAGCGUUGCACCGAUGAAGCAUCCCAAGAUGAAGCUGAAGGGACGCAACGAUGGCCAGAGUAGUGCCGCGUCACGGAAAGCUUCCAUCGAAGCUCCGACUUCCGGUGGUCAACUAGGGCGGGCCGGGGAUGUGCGGAUGGACAAGAAGUUGGCUCCGGGGCGUGCUGGGCCGCAAUCGAUUGUCCCGAAUGAAGCAGUGAUGGUUGAUGGUCCAGGACGCACGGUGGACGCUUCCGAGCGGCAAAAGCUAGCUUCACGCCCGAAACUGGACAUGGGGCAAUCCAUCGACACGUUGGCGCAAGAGGAAGCCAAGCGCCAGGAGAAGCUGGCGCUCAACAACGUCUACAAGAAGUACAUUUACAAUGCGAACGAUAACAGUGACCGGGAACCAGGAGACGAGCUGGAGGCUCCCGGUGCUAGAGACCGCGCAGGGCAGGUAGAUGAUCGCAAACCCUACAUCUAUCUGCCGUACGAUCAGUUCGAAUCUGACUCAUCAAAUCCUUUUCUGACAAAUCAAAUUCCUCAACCUGCCGCCGGAGACACGCUGGACUAUGACUACGGUGCAUCACAAGUGGAGGACGAUGGAAGGCCGCUGCCCGCUUACCAGCGACCACGGUACCGUGGUUCCUCUGGAUCUCACUACGCCAGUAGUGGUGGGCGAGACGUUCGGAGCAAGUUUGGUGUUUUCGACGACAUCGAUUUUCACGACUCACGAUUUCACGAUCCGUCGCUGGACGAGCAAGUGUACAACGAGUCCAAUCCGAACUCGCAGAUCGUGAAGAAAGUUUUGCUGAACGAUGAGAUCGUAGACGAUAUGAAGAACGCUGAUCCGGGAAGCAAGGGUUCCAAGGAGACCCUUUGGGAUUUGGAGAUGGAAAAAGAGGCAAAGGAGGCCAUGAAUGAUGUGAAUGCGAUGAACUUCGAGUAUUCCAACAAGGCCAGACGGCAGACCGGAGCAACUGCCAGCGUCAAAGGGAUUUUGGCAUCGACGAGCUCGACCAUGGCCCCUUUCGUAGGCUCCUCACAGGCUACUGUUACCGUACCGAACGAAAACAUUCUUCCAUCGAUCGCGUCGACCGGUGUGCUGCUGAAGCCGAUCGCUAGCUCGUCGGUUACCUCGCCAGCGGCACCGACCACGGGGUCCACCAUCGACUACGUGUUUGUGAUGAACAUUCGAGAAUCCGAGGCGUAUCCACCGCUGUUCCUCGACUCCGAUCUCAGCUGUAUCCAGGAGAAGCUUCAAGCGUACCGCACGUACCGCAAUGAGGACAUGUUGCAGUUGGAGAAGAAAUUUCUGGCCCAAUGCCUGAACGCCCGAGUUCCCAAUCUGCAGCCCGCCUACCAGCGCUACGAAACGCAGAUCAUUGUGACGCGACUCGAGAUCGGAUGUUCCUGCAGUGCGGAGUUGGAUCCGGCGCGUGAGAUGUGCUCGCAGCUCCACAGCUACGAACAGCAGCGCUGGACGCAGUACAUGGGCAACGAGGGCGAUGGUCGCUACUGAGAUCGUGCCGGUGAACCGGAAGAGAUCAAAUAAGAUUCCGGUGGCGGUGCGGUCGUGCAUCUUUCUUUCACAAUUCUUUCUUCAAACUAAUCAGACUCCGUAGGAGAAUACUGGUG